AUGACUCGUACUGCAGAUCCAGCUGUGAAAAAGGCUAUCCGUGCCGAGCUGUUGGAUUGCCAUCAACGCAACCUGCCUAUUGAUCAAGCAGAGGUCAGAGCAAGAUACACGAACAAGCAUCCCCAUCUCCGACCCUACAUCCUUAACAUUGUCACCGACUACACAGCGUUUCUUGCGAGGGAGAAGACUAAACAGCGCCGUAAAGGGUCCGGCGGACGUCAGCCUUCUCCUACGCAAUAUAGUAGACCUGACGCCACGGCACCAGCCCAGACGGUCUCCGCAGCCUCAUCCACAACCUAUGUCCCAGACACCAGCGAGUAUGCGCAGAUUUCUGUGCCGGAGAAUUUCGAGGCGCUCCGGAAUGGCGAUUCGGCAGAAAACUCGCAGAGUGCCUGCAAAGUGAUAGCAGAACCGACGCCUCUGAUGAAAGAUUUCAAAGAUCAUCUUGAUGGCAGCGAACGUGAAGAAGAAAUAGCGAUGACAGCGGUAUCAGCACCCGCGAUGCCCUCGCUAGAUGAUCAGCAACACUUUCUCAGCUCCGACGAGGAAGAUGAAAUGACGGCCGUUCCACCGAGCGUAAAUCUUCAGCAUGCAGUACUCCUUUCGGCGGCACUCGAGAGGCAAGGAUACGGCAUGCCCUCUCAGUUCGCACUCCUUGGAAAGCUGAAGCCGUCGAACUAUGAAAUCUAUAACCCGGAUCCUCGAGUGGUCCUAAAUACGAAUGUCCCACUCUCUACAUUCAUCUGCGGCUUGCAAGGAAGUGGAAAAUCACACACCACGUCGUGUAUGAUUGAGAACUGUUCGAUGACCAUGCCAGGCCUGGGCAAUUUGAAGCGAUCCGUUUCCACCCUCGUACUCCAUUUCAACGAGUACAGCUCCAAUGUCAAUUCCCAGCCCAGCGAAGCUGCCUUCCUUGCCUCAAUCCUUCCGAAAUAUGCGUCCGAGCAGAAACACAUUCCCCUACGUGUCCUCGUCUCGUCAACCAAUUUCCACAACUUGUCCGCUAUGUAUGCACACAUCCCGAAUGUAGAGGUGCGACCGUUCAAGAUCAACCCUCGACAUCUGAACAUUGGAAUGAUGCUUUCCCUCAUGUCCAUGUCACAGAGUGACCACAUGCCGCUCUACAUGGCGCAGGUCCUUAAAGUUCUGCGCGAAAUGGCGAUGGAGAGCGGUGGGCAGUUCGAUUAUGCUGACUUCCGCAAGCGUCUUGCCAACCUUCGCCUGGACCGUCAGCAAACUCCCUUCCUUGCACAGAGACUAGACCUUUUGGGUUCCUACCUCGACUUGACAGGGCAGAACACCAACGAUUACUUUGUUGACGGGGGUGUCACUAUCCUCGACUUAUCCUGUCCCUUCGUUGACCAGAGCACCGCGUGUGUUUUGUUCCGCAUCGCAAUCGACUUGUUCCUCUACGCCCACCCUUCACGAGCGAAGAUGAUCGUGGCAGACGAAGCGCAUAAGUACAUGACAGAAACCAGCGCGGCGAAAGAACUGACCGAGAGCUUUCUCAACAUUAUUCGGCAGCAGCGCCACCUGGGAGUUCGCACCAUAAUAUCCACCCAGGAGCCCACCAUUUCCCCUCGCCUUAUCGAUUUGUGCUCCAUCACCAUAAUACAUCGAUUCACGAGUCCGAAAUGGUACGAGACCAUCCGCGCACAUCUUCCAAUUGAGAACGUAAAUGACACCCAGGAUAACGGCAUCUCUGAUGGCCUCUAUCAAAUUGCCAGCCUUCGUACCGGGGAGGCAAUUGUUUUUGCGCCCUCUGCCCAGCUCGUCAAUGGAGAAGGAGAGGCUCUGGAUACUAAACACCGUACGUUCAAAUUGAUGGUUCGGAAGAGGAUUACUUGGGAUGGUGGCCGUACCAUUCUGUCUGUUCGCUGA